AUGUCAUCGGCGGUCAACAAGUUGAAGACACUCGUGCUGUUCGACGUCGACAAUACACUCACGUCAUCGCGACUGCCGAUCAGCCCAGAGAUGGAAGAGCUGCUCAAAGAUCUUCGCGAGAGAGUGUCCGUAGGACUGGUCGGCGGUUCAGACCUGUCGAAGAUUGUGGAACAGAUGGGCGGCGGCGCGGGUGAGGACAGCGCCCAAUCGGUGGACACAAUCGUGAACCGAUACGACUACGUGUUCGCUGAGAACGGUUUGGUCGCCUACAAGAAGGGCUCGCUGUUGGCCACGGAGUCGAUCGCGGAGUUCGUGGGCGAACACAAGCUCCAGACGCUCACCAACUUCUGUCUGCGGUAUAUGUCUGAACUGGAACUGCCGGUCAAACGCGGAAACUUCGUGGAGUUCCGCAACGGUUUGGUCAACAUAUGUCCGGUGGGCCGGAGCUGUACGCAGAGGCAGAGGGAGGAGUUCGCCGCCUAUGACGCCAAACACCACAUCCGCCAGAAGUUUGUGGACGCACUGAACGAGAGUUCCGCAACGAGGCAGAGGGAGGAGUUCGCCGCCUAUGACGCCAAACACCACAUCCGCCAGAAGUUUGUGGACGCCCUGAACGCCCGGUUCGGUCACGAGUUGGACCUCCGCUAUGCCAUCGGCGGACAAAUCAGUUUCGACUGUUUCCCGAAGGGUUGGGACAAAACAUAUUGCUUGCGAUUCGUGGAGAAGGACUUCGAUAAGAUCUACUUCUUCGGCGAUAAGACGGCGCCGGGAGGUAACGACUACGAGAUCUAUACGGAUCCGCGCACUAUCGGGUAUACCGUCCGGAGUCCCGAACACACCAAACAAAUCAUUAAACAAUUGAAUUUCUGA